CAUGAUCUAACAAACGUUUUAAUUGUUUUAUUCGGAACCAACGAACGAUUUUGCGUCGAUUGAGCCUAUUUUGAAACAAAAACUGUAAAGAAUUCUAUAUUUAUCGGCUAAAUUAAUACAAAAAAUUCUUUUCGUUUUUACAUAAAACCUACAAAUUAACAAGUGUUAUAAUUAGUUUAACAAUCACCUACAAACGACUUACGAACGAUUCUUAAAAAUAAAAAUGUUCCCAGUUUAAAUUGUCCGGCUAACUUCAUGGGUUCGCGCAUGCGCGAAUAACGUGACCAAACUAACAUCACUGGAUGGUUGGCAACCCUCGCUCGCGAAACGGUUUAAAUCUCCUCGGUUCGGUCCGCUUGGAGCGGGAGGCUUGCAGAACGGGAAAAUAAUGCAGUCUUUCGGCGACGAUACUCUGUUGGCCUACCUAGACAUCGAGAAAAGACAUGGAAUCUUGCAAGAGCAAACCGAGAAUAAAGUCCCUUUGCGGGAAGAGAACGUUAGUGAUCUGGGUAAAUAUUUCAAGUCAAGCUCGCUGCUCUUGGACUUCGCGAACGAGAGGAACCGUUUGGACAAACCGAAGCUGCCUGAUUCAGACACGAGAGGAAUAGGAAAAGGGAAUGCGUCUGACAUCAAGUAUUUCGAGGACAGUAUUUUAUUUCCCAAGAUCACCGGUAAAAGAGAUUUAUCCUCGACCUCCGGUGCUUCGGGGAAAAACAGGAUCUUGCCGUCCCAAAGAAAUCGGAGUCCUCGUGAAACAAACAAGGGGGAUGUCGUUACGAAUUUGAAGGAGAAACUCCACGGACCUAGUACUCAGAGUCUUUGUAAAGCUAAGUCGCCCGAUAGCACGCAAGAUGCAACAAGUAGUGGCGGUGUCACGUCGUCGGCCGUUAAUGUCACGUGCGAUAGAGAAAAUUCGGAAUUCAUUAUCUCGUCUCCGCCACUUUGCACUCAGGAUCGGUAUAAAUUGUCAUCGUGGGGCCUGUCACCAAACAUUCUACAGAAAUACACUGCUCGUGGAGUAGAAUGCAUGUUCCCAUGGCAAAUGGAAUGCUUGUCGAAUCACCUAGUAAUGCAAGAGAGAAGGAAUCUUGUAUAUUCCGCGCCUACCUCUGCGGGAAAGACCUUUGUUGCUGAAAUUCUCUUGAUUAAGACCGUUCUAGAAAGGAAGAAGAAAGUGAUCUUUAUCCUGCCAUUUGUUUCUGUCGUUAGAGAGAAGAUGUAUUACUUCCAAGAUUUAUUGUCUGACACUGGAAUACGAGUUGAGGGAUUUAUGGGAGGAAACGUCCCACCCGGAGGAUUUGCCGCUACCCACGUUGCAAUAGCCACUAUAGAGAAAGCGAAUUCUUUGGUGAAUCGUUUAAUGGAGGAAAACGAUCUGAGUAGCUUGGGGGCUGUGAUAAUAGACGAAUUACAUCUACUCGGUGAUCCUAAUCGCGGUUACCUCUUAGAGUUGCUUCUGACAAAAUUAAAAUAUAUGACUCUCCACAACAAUAAUAUCAAUAUACAACUGAUAGGUAUGUCAGCUACAUUGCCAAAUUUAACUCUGCUAGCCAAGUGGCUGAGUGCAGAGUUAUACAAGACUGACUUUCGGCCUGUACCUUUGCAUGAAUAUUGUAAGGUAGGAGCAAACAUAUUUGACAACAAAUUGAAUCUUGUCAGAACUUUAACAGAGUUGCAGGAAUUAGAAACAGAUGCGGAUAAUAUUCUACAGCUUUGCAUUGAGACAAUAAGUGACGGUCAUAGUGUGUUAAUUUUCUGUCCCACAAAGAAAUGGUGUGAGAAAUUGGCGGAGCAAAUUGCUACAGCUUUCUUUAAAUUAGGUUGUGAAGAUACAAAACUUGGUGAGAUGUUAAAGAAAGAAAUCAAUUCUGCUUUAAUCCGUGAAACUCUGGAACAAUUGAAACGCAGUCCAAGCGGUUUAGACGACGUUUUAAAAAACACGAUUUCGUUUGGCAUUUCGUUUCAUCAUGCUGGACUCACAAUGGACGAACGCGAUAUCAUAGAAGGAUCUUUCAGAACGGGGUCCUUGAGAGUUCUUAUAGCAACGUCGACAUUAAGUAGUGGAGUGAACUUACCUGCACGAAGAGUAAUUAUAAGAUCACCUCUAUUUGGUGGCAGUCUGUUGAACACUUUAUCUUACAAACAAAUGAUAGGACGUGCUGGUCGUAUGGGGAAAGACAGCGCAGGAGAAAGUAUACUAAUAUGUAAACCGAACGAACGUAAUGCAGCUGCGUCAUUACUGUCUGCAGCUCUGAAUCCAAUUGAAUCUUGUCUCAAUGAUUCUACGCUACUAAUAAGGGCGCUCUUAGAAGCAGUAGCCAGCGAAGUUUUAUAUACACAUGAAGAUUUAGAACUGUAUAUUAGUUGUACUUUGAUAAGCCUGAAGGAACAGUCUGAUGUGCGAACGUUUUCUAAUGCAGCGAUGAAAUUCUUAUUAGAUAAUGAAUUUUUAUUAUUACAAACUACAGAGCAGGUAUCCAGAUGGGUAGCAACGCCGCUUGGGAAAGCAUGUCUGGCCGCGUCUAUACCUCCCAGAGAAGGGUUAGUUCUGUUUGAAGAACUACAGAAAGCACGAAGGUGUUUCGUUUUGGACACUGAAUUGCACGUUAUAUAUUUGGUAACGCCACUCUCGUCCGGGUGUCAAAUUGGAACUGUCGAUUGGAUGACAUUUCACGAAUUAUGGAACACCAUGUCCGAAAGCGAGCGCAGAGUUGGAAAGCUCGUCGGGGUGGAAGAGCGCUUUGUGUUGUCAGCUAUUAGAGGAAUCGUUAAACCUGGAAAAUCGUUGAAUAUACAUAGGAGAUUCUACAGCGCAUUGGCGCUACAUGAUUUGGUGAAGGAAGUGCCACUUCACGCGGUUUGUAAAAAAUACGGUUGUUGUCGCGGAGUACUGCAAACCUUGCAACAGUCCGCUUCCACGUAUGCGGGUAUGGUCACGCAAUUUUGCAAGCAAUUAGGUUGGGAUUGCAUGGAAUUAUUGGUAAAUCAAUUUCAAACGAGAUUACAGUUCGGCGUUUGCAGAGAAUUGCUAGAUUUGCUGCGCCUGCCGAUGUUAAACGGCUUGCGAGCAAGGAGCCUGUAUAAACAGGGAAUAGAAACCGUAGCAGACUUGGCUGUUGCGAAUGAACUUAAUGUUGAACGCGCGCUUUACAAUGCUCUUCCUUUCGAAAGCGAAAAAGAAUGUGAAGGAGAAUAUGCGUUUGAUACGGAAAAGAGGAAUAAAAUGAGGACAGUAUUCGUCACUGGAAGAGAUGGUCUCACGCCUCAACAAGCUGCAGUUUUAUUAGUUCAAGAAGCCCGGACAUUAAUUCAGAAAGAGUUGGGACUGGAACAGAUGCCAUGGGAGCAGAAUGAACGAUCUCUGCAAGUCAAUACGUGUGUCAGAGAUGCUGAAGAUACGUCUGACAUAAAGGAAGAUAUUCAAACGGAUUUGAAUGUAAACUCGAAAUCUACGCAAAUAGGAAUGUCCAAAGAAAAUUCGGCACACGAAAACCUUGUGAGUAACGAGAAUCAAAAGGAUGAUAAUCCGAAACUUGAUACGUAUAAAGAAAGUAGAACUGACGUGUUGGACAAGAAACAAGUAACUGAAUUGAACAAUCAACAUUUAAAUGAAGCUAAUUUGUCACUUGAAGUCUCAGAAGAUGAUAGAGAGUUGUCUACUUUUCUCAACUUAAGUUCUCCCGAUAUAAUGGCAAACGAUGAACUAGAUAUAUCUAAAGAAAAUAAAAAUCCUUCCGUGACUGGUGAUAGCGAAAAGAUAAAGAGAAGCAGCGAAGAUUUAGAAAAAUCCAACUUGAUUGCUAACGAUAUACCUAACAAAAAGUUCAAAAUUUCCAGCACGAAUGAGGUAAAGAAUAACGACGAGGUAAAAAAUUUGAUAGACAAAAACGAAAGUAUGCCUAUUAUAGACGAAGAUGUUAAAUCGCCCUGUACUUCAAGAAGUCCCAGUUUAUUCGACGACAGUUUAAAUCUCGACACUCAAAUGUGCGAUAUUCUCGAGCAAAAUGUCGCGGAUGUAUAUAACAUGGAUAUCGCGGAUUUAACAGGAUUGGAUUCGACAGUAUUUGCAAGCGAAUUGGAUACCGCGGAUGCGUUACAGGCGAAAUCUGCAAGUUCAAAUAUCAGUAAUGUGCCAUUGUGUGAAAACAAUAUUGCAAAAAGUAUAGACGAGGCUAAUUUGCAAUUCAAAAACAGCGUAUUGUCGUGGGGUGACGAUUCGUGGAAUAAUUCUGAAUUGCUAAAACAGAUAGUUCAAGAUAAAAAUAUGCAAACCAAGAAGGAAAUAUGUAAUUCGACAGUUAGAAACAUCGUAAACACGAAUGUAUCUGUUACAUUAAAAAAUACGAAAACUUGUACGCGAAACAGUAAGAAUAGUAUGAGUAAAGCGGAUGGUAAAAAACAUACUGUUGCAGUUAGAGAGAAAGCAUUGCAGAAACUUAAAUUGUCCACAGUAACGGAAGUGGACUCCCCUGUGGCGAAUAUAAUUGUUUUCAAAAAGGAACGGAAGACGUCCGCGGAUUCAAACAAAUCCGACUCGGAUGACUUUAUCGGUGGUUCACAGCACUUUGAAUCUCCUUUUAGCAGUAGUAAAAGUCAAACGAGGACGAUGUUGGAGAAAAUGCGUAAAUUGCGUCCUCGAAAACUCGCUGAGGAUACUAUAACAAAAAUAAACAAUUGUUUAAAUUCUCCUAAAAGAGAAAUACCAAAUAUAAUAGAAGAUAAAAUAAAAGAACAACGGGAAGUAAAACCAAAAAUGAAAGAAAUUUUAGCACAAAAUGUAUUAAUUUCUGCGAAUUCGAUAAGACAGCAUAAAACGCAAUCGAAUAAUUUAAAUAAAGAUUUGAAAUCAAAGACAGAAAAUAUAUUAUCUGACGAGAAGAAGGAUUUGUUGAACGAAACGAUAGAUUGGAAUACAUUAAAUAUUGUGAAAGUUGCAAACAGUAGAGUAACUUUUAAUCUGUUCAAACGCGAAAUAUUAAAAAAGCGCGAUAUUGCGUUAGCCUUACAUUGUGACACGUACAUAGAUAAUACAAAUAACAUAGGCUCAAAGAUUUGUCCCUCCAAUACGGAAGGAAAACGAAGAGCUAGAAGAUCUGGAAAUUAUUCUUAUGGAAAUAAAGAAAUUCGCGGCGUUGCGGUAUCCUGGGAAAGUAAUAUUGCGUAUUAUAUCUCCUUCAAUAAUUCACAAGAAUCAAAAGUCUCUGGAAAAGAACAGGUGGCUUUAUUGAAAGAAUUGUUUUACGAUACGACUUUGUACGUAAAAUGUUUUGCGAUAAAGGAUGUGUAUAAACUCUUGUAUCAAUGCUGCGGAAUCACUGCCAAAUGUAGAUUUCUUGAUCCCGUAAUUGCACAUUGGUUGUACACGAAUGAUUUUGAAAGAAAUUAUAAUGAAAUGGUAACGCAAUACUUUCCGCAAGGGAAUUUUAUAAUGAAACAGACCAAAUCUUGUUGCUACGCCGGUCCCGGAAUGGAUGUGCAAAGUUCUUUACCAGGAGAGUUUAGAUCAGCAGCAGAAACCGUCCUUACGUGGCAUAUGAUGGAUAAUGUCAUGAGUAAAUUAGAAGAACUUAAUCCUGUUCUACUUUAUACGUUCAGAGAAGUAGAAAUGAAAAUUAUGACAACUUUAGCUUGUAUGGAAUUAUCAGGCAUUGGCGUGAGUCUAAAGUCUUUGCAAGAACUGUCAUCAGUUAUUUCAAAUGAAAUGCAGUCUUUAGAAACAAAAGCUUAUGACUUGGCAGGCAGAAAAUUUAAUUUCUCAUCGUCCAAAGAAGUUGGACAGGUAUUAGGAUUAUACAAAGAUAAAAAGAUUAGUACAAGUAAGGCUAUUUUAGAAAAAUGUGAUAAUCCAAUAUCAACCUUGGUGAUUUCCUGGCGAAAGUUAAAUUCAACGAGAACAAAAAUGAUUUAUCCAUUGUUAAACCUAGCACAGAAAGAUAUUCGUAUUCGUGGUAAUUGCAUCACUUGUACAGUGACAGGAAGAGUCUCGAUGCAUGAACCAAAUUUGCAAAAUGUACCAAAGGAUUUCAAUUUCGUAGACAAUGGUCUCGUUGUAAGUGUGAGAAUGGCAUUUGUACCAGCUUUGGGGAACAUAAUGCUAUCCGCCGACUAUUGUCAACUCGAAUUACGCCUCUUGACGCAUUUUUCGCAAGAUUCGGUAUUGUGCAAAAUCAUGAGACAGCAGGGUGACAUUUUUAAAAAUAUUGCUGCCAAAUGGAAUAAUGUAGUAGAAGAACAGGUAACUAGUGAAAUGCGUCAGCGUACCAAGCAAUUAUGCUAUGGCAUGAUUUACGGUAUGGGAGUCAAAUCAUUGGCCGAAAAUCUGUGCAUAACUGAACCCGAGGCUCAUGAGUUUUUAGAAUCUUUUAUGAACGCAUAUCCCGGCAUAUACAAAUGGUUAAACGACGUACUAGAAGAAGCGCAUCGCGAUGGAUAUGUGACCACGCUACUCGGAAGGCGUAGACAGCUUCCAGAUCUAAAAAGCACAAAAUCAUCUACGAGAGCGCAAGCAGAACGACAGGCUGUAAAUACGAAAGUUCAAGGAUCUGCUGCAGAUAUAGUCAAAAAGGCUAUGAUAAGUAUAGAGGACAAGAUAAGAAGCCACUUUCCUGAUUCAACAAUGAUAUUUCCAGAGGUGCGCAACACUCGUAGACUACGAAGCGAUUUGCAACAGAGAGGUGGUUAUUUAGUCUUACAGUUACACGAUGAAUUGUUAUAUGAAGUAAAUUUAGCAGAUUUAAAGGAAGUUGCUGUUAUAAUUAGAGGAUCAAUGGAAAAUGUGUGCCAACUUACUGUGCCGUUGCCAGUAAAAGUCAGAGUUGGACCUGCAUGGGGCGAUUUGAAUGAUUAUCAAUUUUAGCAAACAUUUCUAAUCAUAGUGCACUAUUUAUUAAUAUCAAAUCGCUAUUUUUAUACAUUUUUUAAAAUAAUUUAUCACGAUUAAGCUAUCUAUUUAGAUCAUGUUUAUCAAAUAUUUUAUACAUGUUAUUUUUUAUGAAAAUUGUAAAUACUUGAUUGUUUAAUUCACAUUAUUCAUAUAUUAUUAUCGGGAGUGAUAGAGAUUUAGAAAAUUAUAAAUAGUUGAAAAUGGAAUUCAGUAUUUUUCGAUGAGGCAUUAAUUAUCAUUUUUUUAAUCAUGCGGUAUUAAUCAUGCAAUUCUUAAAUUUGUCCAUUUUAAAGGUCAGUAUAUUAAAAUGUUUCCAUAUCAAAACAUUUUUUUAUAUUGGAACCUAAUUGAAUAUUAAUAUAU